UCUUUCUUCCAUUAUUCUUUUUUCAAUUUAAUGUCUUUUCUUCAAAUUGUCAAACUAAAAACGUAGAAAUUUGUCUACAGUUUGAAAAAAAAAAUUAGUCAAAAAAUGUCUGCAAAAAGAAAGUAAUUGAUUUUUAAUAUUAUCUAAGAACUUGUGACUCAUCCUGUAUCAAGAGUUUUCAACCCACAUGUUACAUUAAUAAAGUAUCUGUAGCUACUAUAUAUCUGAAUGUACAUAUAACGAUCCAUCUAUACAUUAUACGUCAGCUUGAUCACGAGUUUUUAUCAUGAACAAAGGACAACCAAGAGAGCUCCCAGUUACCGGUUACUCGUACAUCGAUCGUGUCGAAUGACGUUUUAACCAAUAACAUUCAUUAGCCAAGUGGAAAGAUAAUAUUUUAUAUAAGAGAAAUAUCGUAUGACAAUAUAUGGAACAUUAUCGCGCACGCCCAAUGCAUGGGAAUUUCCUCUCUUUCUUCCUUAAAGAAAUAAAGAGAGAAAUAGAGAGAGAGAAAAAGAGAGAGAGAGAGAGAGAGAAGGGGAGAUGGGAAUAACAGAAAACAAAGUUUUACUUGCAUUAAAGAUCGAUUAAGAUUAUCGAAUUCAUUUUGAAUGAAAUUAGGCAUGGAAAAGGAGCUACGAUGAAAUAAAGCGGAUUAAAUAACGAUGGCUAAGAAUGAAAACUUGCAGAGGAAUAUACGCCACGAAAAAGUAGUUUUGGAAAAAAAGGGUGAUCAUGUUGAAAUUUCCGGAAACUAUACCAAACGAGAACUUCGACAACUUUUAUUAUCACCAACUGUUUCUCCCUUACUAUCUGAUGACGAAGAUAGAACGAAACUUGAGAAAACUUUGGAAACUGGUAUCAAAUUGAGCCAAGUUGAUAUCGAGAAGAUAAGAAAAGAUAAAAUUCAUGAUGAGAUCAGAAAAAUAGGUGAAGAAAUUUUGAAGGAUCAUCAAGUAACUGUUGAUCAUAAAGAUUAUAAAGAUAUUAUUGGAGAUGUUUUGAAAGAAGAACAAUAUAAGGACGAUGAGACGUGGCAAAAAAUUUAUAAAGAUACAAAGGAUACUUUGGAUACCGAAGAAAAGAAAAAAGAAGAAAGAAUAUCAAUGGAGAAAUAUUUACGUGAAAAAGGACUCAGUACUAGUCUCAUCAAAUCUAUAUUAAAUAAUGGAUUGACUGACGAAUAUAUCAGACUUUUAAAAGCUUUGAAUAUCACCGACGACGAGAUAGAACAUAUAAAAUCGAUUUAUCAAAUGAAAUUGGAUGAUUCGUCAGUGAGUUUAAUUAAAUCCGAUGAAUCUUUUAUCUCUUCGUCUUCUUCAUUAGCUUCGUCCGACUAUUACUUGUCACCCGACAGUCUUUAUUUAAAAACUUUAUUAAGCAAAGCUUUAACUCGAGCACUUCCUGAAAUUGCCUCGAAAAAACCUUACGAUCCGAUCGAAUAUCUUGGACAUUGGUUGCUUCAUUUAAAGAUUUCCGAAGAACAAAGAAAUAAGAAACGUGAAUUCGAAAUAGAAUUAAUGAUGGAAAGAGAAAAAUAUAAGAUGAUGAUUGUAGAGGAUCAAGAAACUGUGAGUAUCGAAAGCAGAGGAGAAGAAGAAUUUAUCGAAGAUGCUAACUUUAUAAAUUAUAUGAAUAAUUAAAAAAAGACGUCUAGAUUAUCUCAAAAAAAAAAGAUAAUUAACUUUUAUAUUCAUAAAAAAAAUUUAUAAUCUAGGAAAUUUUGAGACUGUCUAUAUAACUUAAUAAAGAAGUUUCGAAAAUCAACCAAUUUUUUUUGUUUAAAUUUUCGAGGAAGUACAGGUAGAAUAAAAAAAUAGAUACAAAGACUUAAUUAUUAUGGAAACUGUAUUAUUAAAAUCUAUUUUACACAAUACUUCGUAACGAUUACUAUCGUCAAAAGAACAAUAUGUUUUGUAUAAAUAAAAAUCAUGUUAUCUUCA